UAAUAAUGACUAAUGUCGGGUUCCACGAGCCUUCUUCUUCGUCUUCUCUCUCUUUCUGCAAAAUCUGAUGCCCCCUUCUCUCUGAAACCAAUACUGUCGUUUCUCUCUAUAAACCAUUCAUUUUUUGACAUCCCCACACACGCCCUUCACGCAUCUCCAUAAAAUCAUUGUUUUUAUUAUUAUUUUCUUUCUGUACUGAGCCCCAAUUCAAUUACUACAAUCCAAAACUAUAACAAAAACCCAUAUCUCAGUUUCAUCAAUCUCAAACUGUUCUCUGUCUUUUCUCUGCAUGGACGGUCAUUUCUUGCAUCUCUACUUUCAACGGGAUCAUGAAUGGAACUACUGAAUCGAAGUUUCAAUCUGGGUUUUUCUUCUUCUUUUUGUUGUUGUUCUUCGGUUUUGGCUACGGUUUUCGUCGCUAAUAGUAUUAUUAUGGGCUGCGGACCUUCCAAAUUCGACGACUUACCUUUGGUAAACCUUUGUAAAGAACGCAAGGAGCUAAUCAAAGCGGCGUCGAUUCACCGUUCCGCUCUGGCCGCCGCUCAUGUGACCUACUUUCACUCCCUGCUUGACGUUGGUGAAGCGAUCCGUAAGUUCGUCGACGAAGAGCUCGUCGUCGGAUCUGCCUCUUCCGUUGAUUCCCCUGUUCUCACAUUGCCUUCCGACGAAUUCAAAUCCUCGAAAAAGAACAAGAGGAAAGACGACAACAACGUUGUAUCUUCUUCUUCAACUUCCCUUUCACAUUCCACUGAAGAACGCGGAAAAAACACGAGAAAAGGCAAAGAAGAAAGUGAUGGUGAGGGGUCUCAUCUGGAUUUGUCAUCUGGGUCACCUUCUAUUUCCGGGUCAGGUUCCGGUUCACCUUUGGGUCACGGUGAAAGGGACCAUAGUCAUAGCCAUGGCCACAGCCACAGCCCAGACCAAGAAGGACCAGCAGCGCCUUAUGGCUACAACUAUGGCUAUGGCGGCUAUGGUGGAUACGGGGGUUAUGGUUAUGGCUAUGGAUACCCUUACCCUCCCCCUCAAGAUAACAGGGGGACUAAUGGUAAUUCUUCUUCUUAUAUGUAUUACAUGAAGAAAUCUGCAACACCUUCUCAAUCUUUUGUUUAUCAGGAGCCUGAAGGACAUAAUGGCUACUCAAGUUAUACAAAUGGAGGCUUUUUUGGGUACCCAUCGGGGUCUCCGAGAGGAGAACAUGGGUAUGUGCAGAGAAAUUCUCCUCCCCGGCCACCUCAACCACCACCUGCUCCGCCGUCUCCACCGAGAAAUUCGACAUGGGAUUUUCUUAACGUGUUUGAUACUUUUGAUAACAGUGGUUAUCCGGGUUACUAUCCUGCGUCUAGAUACGGUUACGGGUCGACCACCAGUAGUCCGGACUCAAAGGAGGUGAGGGAGAGAGAAGGAAUCCCUGAUUUGGAAGAUGAAACAGAGCCUGAGAUGUUAAGAGCUGCUCACAAAGAAAAGAGGAAAAUGGUGAAUGAGGAAAUGAAUCAUAAUUAUAAUAGUGGUGGUAAUAAUAAAAUUAGGGACUUUGGUGAAGGGACUUCAAAGUCAGUUCCGGUUCAAAGGGUUAAUGGUAUUACCGAAGCCUCAACUUCAAAGGCAGUGCCAUCAAGUAAAAGCGAGAGCUUGGAGCCUGGGGAUCAUAUUAAUAUUAGUUCAAGUAGUGGAAGUCCUGAUAAUAUUCUUACAAAGAGUCCUGAGGAAGACUUUCCGAAGAGCAAAAGGGUCAGUUUUGAGGUUGAAGAGGUAUCUAAUAUGGAUGUUGACUCUUCCAAGCUGAGUAGUUUAACCACAUUGUCCGUCAAUGGCACAAGAGAUCUCCAGGAGGUUGUGAAGGAGAUAAAGGAUGAGUUUGAAACUGCCUCUAGUUAUGGGAAAGAGGUUGCCGUUUUGCUUGAGGUUGGCAAGUUGCCUUACCAGCAACGUAAAGGAACUGGGUUUGGAGUGAAAUUUUCUAGGAUGCUGUAUCUGGUGGCGCCUAACAUUAUAUCAUCUCCUCCACCUAAACCAUCAAUACCGAUAACUUCUAGGACAAUGAAAAUGGCAAAAGAAUAUUGUCAGAUUCCAGAGCAGGAUGAAAAGCAUCGAAAUCUUUCAUCAACUUUGGAGGAGCUUUAUGCAUGGGAAAAGAAAUUAUAUAAAGAAGUCAAGGAUGAAGAAAGGCUACGGGUUAUUUAUGAGGAGAAGUGUAAAAAACUGAGAAUGUUAGAUAACCAGGGAGCAGAGUCCAGCAAGAUUGAUGCAAUGCGGGCUUCAAUAAGAAAGUUGUUGACAAAGAUUGAUGUUUGUAUAAAGGCUGUUGAAGCUAUAUCAACUAGGAUACAUAAGCUGAGGGAUGAAGAACUGCAGCCCCAGCUCACCAACUUGGUUUAUGGGUUGAUAAGAAUGUGGAGGUCCAUGCUUAGCUGCCAUCAGAAGCAGUUCCAAGCCAUAAUGGAAACCAAAGUUCGAUCUUUAAGAGCAAAUACUGAUUUUCAAAGAGAUUCGGGUUUGAAAGCUACUAUUGAGCUUGAGAUGGAGCUUUUGGACUGGUGCACUCGCUUUAAUAAUUGGAUCAAUACCCAAAAGGCAUAUGUUGGGUCCUUGUAUGGGUGGCUCAUGAGAUGCAUUGAACGCGAACAGGAAAUAACUGCUGAUGGGGUCGCUCCUUUCUCCCCAGGCCGAGUUGGGGCACCGCCAAUUUUUGUAAUUUGCAAUGACUGGUACCAAGCAAUGGAUCGAAUUUCGGAAAAAGGUGUAGCAAAUGCCAUGCAGAGUUUUGCUUCCAGCCUACACCAGUUAUGGGAAAGGCAAGAUGAGGAGCUUCGUCAGAGGACCAAAGCACAAUAUCUCUCAAAGGAUUUCGAGAAACGGCUUAGGGAGUUACAGUUACAGAGACAUAGGAUGGAUCAGGAGCAAAAAGCAGUAUCGGAUAAAAAUGCUGUAUCCAAGGUUCCUUCCGAAAGCGGAGUUUCACCGCUGGAUGACCUAAAGGUGGAUCUGGAUUCCCUUAGGAAAAAAAUAGAGGAAGAGAGAAUCAGGCAUAAGGAUGCCAUCAAAUUAGUUAAUGAUGCUGCUUCAAGUAGUUUACAAGCAGGUUUGGUCCCAAUCUUUGAAGCCUUGGGCAACUUCACCUCAGAGGUUUUGAAAGCACAUGAGCAGGUCAGACUUGGAAAUGCUGGAGUCUCCUAGCUUUGGUGUCUGGCAUGGAAGACAGCUUGCCUUUGUUUAUGCACAUUACUUGUCAUGUGAAAUUACAUCUGCCAACAAAGAAUGUCGGCCUCGGAUGUCUGUGAAGACAGCUUGCCUUUGUUUAUGCCCAUGGCAGUAUGCGCUGAUCACGGAUAUCGGAUUAGCUUACUUCAAAAAAACGAAGGGAUUGAACAAAACAGACCGAAAGAGACGAAAGUGAAGAAGUUUGAGGUCGGGUUCUUGUAGGAUCAUUGAUACAAACUGGAAGUUGCCAGAAAAGAGUUGAUCCCAGAUUAUCUUCUCUUGAAUCCUUAAUUCCCCACUAGUUAACUAAAAUUAACCCCUUGAAUUAUAUAGUUAGGUAGUAAUUUUUGUACAGUAAAAAUAUUCAUUUAUUGAUUGAUUGGGUAAGUUGACC